GGGCUGCGGUUUGCAAUUCCGUUUUGAACAACGUGAGCGCGUCGGCCGCCUACCAGGCAGCAGCGGAAUCUGUUGCACGGUUCAAAAACAGGACAGAUUUCGCCAAACAAAAAGGGUUGCGUGUUUAAUGAGGGGGUGAUAAUUAGAACGCGCAACAAUCUUCAUUUCUCAAUCUCAAUAUCGCGAAUUUUUUCGAGAAAAAAAACCUUUUACUCACCGUCAUCAAAAUGCCGCAGACCGUCGAGUUCGUCGUGUCGGAUGUCGGCCACAUCGGCCGCGUCAUGCUCACGCGCCUGUGGCUGUUCCAGGCCUUCAUCACCGGCAUCCUGUUCCUGGCCUUCACGCUCGCCGCCGUGAUGAGCGUCAUGGAGAAUUAUCCCGACCACUCCAUCGCCACGUUUAUCCUAAGUCUUUCCCUGGCCGUCCUGGCCGGCUCCAUCCUCUUCUACGUCCUGGUCCAGCGCAAGCUGGGCGUGGCCCGCAAGACGCUCAACUUCCGCCUCGAGGUCGGCAAGUCGAUUCUGGCCACUGUGCUGUGGAUCCUGUUGCUUGCGUUCGGUGCCCUGGCUCCCUGCUCCUACUAUUCCUGCCGCGACUUCAGGUUCUACAAUGUCAUUGCGGCUUGGACCUCUGGAAUUGUGCUUCUGUGAGUUUAGCUGUGUUGUCAUGUCUGUCCGCUCAAGUCGCAUGGGUUUGCGCCGCCGGUGGUACCGACCAAGCACUCAGAGCGAG